AGCCUGGAUUUCUCUAGUGUUGGGCUAUGGCGGCUGGAAAAGGGCCUGGAUGGAGGGAAGGGAAGGGUGAGAGGCCCCAGGAAGAGGGUGCUGGGCCACCCUGGCCCCAGGGCCAGGGUCUGUGCCAGGUGUGGGUGGUGGAUUUGGAAAGACAUGGGGUGAGUCAUCAGGCCCAGCCACACCUGCUUUCAACUUAAGGUCCCAGCAGCCAUACCUGACACCACCAUUGUCUGUCCCACCGUCCCAGCCAUGGCAGGGAGCUCUAACGUGCCACACAAGACCUCGUUGCCCGAGGGUGUCAGAGUGGGCACCGUGAUGAGAAUUCGUGGUGUUGUCCCCGACAAGGCUCGCAGGUUUCACGUGAACCUGCUGUGCAGCGAGGAGGAGGGCGCUGAGGCUGCGCUGCAUUUCAACCCCCGGCUGGACGAGUCCACAGUGGUCUUCAACACCAAGGAGCGCGGCGCCUGGGGCCAGGAGGAGCGCGGCCACGGUCUUCCCUUUCAGCGUGGGCAGCCCUUCGACGUGCUCCUCAUCGCCACGGAAGAGGGUUUCAAGGUGUGUCUCUGCCACAGGGAUGGGCACCGGGAUCACAUCCCUCCUGGGGCUGGGCAAGGCCAGCCAGGCCCUCGGUGGAGGGGGGAGCAAAGGCGUGGACAGAGCUGGGCAGGUGUCCUCAGUCUCUCUCCCUCCCGUGGUGCCCGCUCCUGGCGUCUGCAGGACAGGUAUGUGCAGGGACAAGGGCAAAGCGAGCAAGAAUGUAGUGCCCGGAGCGCGGGUGUCCCCCGCAGAGGCUGGCCCGACUUCCACCCCAGACCCCGCUCCCUGCUCAUUUGCACCUGAGGUCGGGCCUCCGUGACAGGGGCGGGGGAUGGGCUGGGAGACAGGGCACAGGCACACGUCCCGGAGGGAGCGGUCGCUGCAGCCCCCCCACCGCCCCCAACCCCGCCGCUCGCCACUUUAAAUCUGCGCGUCCGGAGCGAGGCAGCGGCCGCCGGGUCCGCGCUAACAACAGGCACUCCAACACCCACAAAGCACUCUGGUGCCAACUGGCCCCUCGUGGCACCCUCGGGACCAGGGGUGAGGUUAGAAGGAACAUCCGCCCACCUCCCGUCGGGGCCCUGGGCCGGCGGGUUCCGCGGUUGCCGAGGUCACCGGGCGC